AAUAUUUGGAUAGGUGUUAAACGUGACCUAUACGAAAAUUUUUCCUUAGCUGCUAAGUUUAAAGUCACACACCAAAUCUUCUUCCUUUAAAAUCUCAUCAUCAAUUCAUUAGUGGUAGCAGUCCCAAGCAAAAACAAUGAGUUACCAGCAUGUUCAUGAAGGUCCCUAUCCUCCACCAGGUUAUGCUCCACCACCACCAGGGCCAGAAGGAUAUCCUCCUCCAGGACAGCCAGAACCUUUUGGGUACUACGGUGAAGCACCACCACCGCCGCCACCACCAGGACCUCCCAGUUAUCAGGGAUAUUUUAACGAUCAAUAUCCGCCUCCUGAUCACAUUCACCAUGAUCAGCAGCCUGAUCAUCAUAGCAGUGGCUGCUGUUCCUUUUUAAAAGGCUGGCAUAUUAAUAACAAUUCUGACCAUGCUACCUGUAAGAUGAUUAUUUCAGGAUUUACAGGUCAACUUCGAGGAUGGUGGGACAAUUUUCUAUCUCCCGAAGAAAGGUAAUACUUGUACGUGUGGACAAGAUGAAUUCUAUAAGCUCCAGUCUCAAUUUGAGGAUUCAAAUUUGGAUAAGAUCCAAUCUUAAUUUGAAGAUUUCAAUUUUAAUAUGAUCUCUUCUGAUAAUGUGAUAGAACUAUUAAGAGAAGUUUCUGAUGAAAAUCUCAGAAACAAAAUUUUAGAAAUGACUUCUUCUCAAGUCUCUUCUUCAAAAUCUUUUAAAAAACCCAAGAAGAGUGAAAUUUUAAAUUAUAAUCUUAGCCCUUAUUCUUUACAAGAACUUUUUUCUCGUCUUGGAAAAAGAAAAGGCCACGAAUAUUGUUAAAACUAGAGAUACUUUUCUUGAUGAUUCAAAAUAUGAAGUUGAAACUUUGAAAAAAGAGAUUAAAUCUCUUAAACAAAACUAAUUGAUUCAUAAUCACAGGAUUUCUCAAUUACAAAACACUGAGAAUGAUAUUUCUCAAACUAAUUUAAUUAAUAAAGGAAAGGAGAUUGAGGAAAAAGAUGAAGAGCCUCUUCAUCUUAUUAAUUCAAAACCUAUUAGUUUCCUUGGAAUGAUGCAAAUUGUUACUGCUCAUCGCUGGUACAUUAAAUGUACCAUUUUAAUCAAUAAUGAUUUUAAAAUUACUAGUACUGCUAUGAUUGAUAGUGGAGCAGAUGUUAGCUGUAUUCAGGAUGGAUUAAUUCCUUCAAGA